AACUAUUCAACGAGGCCAUAUGCAGAUCCCAAACUUGCACCAUUCUGCAAACUUAUCAUGAGGUUUAUUCGCUCCUCCAUACACCUUUCCGCCAGGGCUGCCCGCCGGGCAAAGCCAAGCGCAGCUCUUCGGGCCACUAUUCCUCCGUUUGCCUUGAACUCUCCAUCACAGCGGUUGCUCGCCAGCAUCAACAGACAGGCAGCUGCCCUCCACACAGCUGCACCCACUUUGGGGCUCUUGGACGCUUUCAAAAACACUGAAAAUGCCACCACUACGGGAGAGGCACUAGGUCUUCCCCUCGCCGCCGUCGACGAGUCGGAAGAAUCGGAAGAAUCAAAUAGAACGCCAGAACGGUCACCACCAGAACCAAUACCAGCAGAACUAAUUGAUCAGGCUGUGCAACAAGUUGUUGAGCAACAUGUAGAGCUCAAUUCGCCAGAAGGAUGGAAAAGCAUCGAGCUCGCGUCUCCAUCAUUAAAGUUCAAGAUUGUUCGUGGGAGCAUGGCUGCUUGCGGGAGACGCAUCUCAAAUGUCGAUCUCACAAACUGCUUGACUGUUCAGGACUUGUUGGACGUCUUGCACGGCCGACACAAACAAGAUGUGUUUGAUCCGUACAGCAAGGUGGACACCGUGGAACAAAUGUUCCAAGAGAGGUCUGCAGAUCUCCCCCCAAAUGUGUACUUUCUUCCCCGGGACACUCCACGUGCUCGUGUAUAGCACUUCCUUUUGCAAUAUCCAUAUCAUUAUUUCUUCAAUAUAGUCAAUUUAUUCUCACA